AUGAAAGAAAUAAAUUAUGGCACAAGAAGCCAGACUGAGCGGGAACAAAUUUUGUCAAGAAAGGUCUUUUGAGUUCUUCUCAUUUCUGCUGAAAAGCGCCAAGCUGCUGAAUACGAAUGGAAUGUUCUUAUCAUUCGUAGAAAUUUUUUUUCAUCUAAGAACAUUCCAUUCGUAUUCAGCAGAAAUGAGAAGAAUUUUCCAGCAGCUUUUUCAUCUGAUCUCGACCUAAGAAUUUUUACUUCACAGUAGUAAGGAAGAUCAGAUUUUCAACCUUCUGCAUUUACUUGGUACUGUGUCUAAGAAAGGGCAACAAGGGCAAUGGCAAAGGCGGUUCGAGAGGCGUCGAAAAAGGUACGGGAAGCGGAGAAGGUUCAAAUAGGCACGUUAUGGAAAGAAGUCUAGACUAUGCAGAAGUGUCUUGAUUGGUUUUCGGAAGGCGAGGAACAACAUAUGAAACGCCGGUUCAUCUGUUGCAGAAGCUGCAACUAAGUUGGAAUAAAAACAGGGAUGGACCUAUAAUCUUGAACUUCCCACUGAGCAAAGAACCCUUGUCUCUAAGACUGGAGGAACAAGCACUAACAGGGACAUCAUUUGCAACAGUGUUCCCCCAAGAGAUUGGUCAGGGCCAAAAAGCGAUAAUUCCAAGCGCUUUUAUCCCAACAAUGGUGGAACUACCACGUCAAGAUGGAACGGCGCUAAUGGUACUAGAGUCGUUGUAUUGCUAGUUUUAGGUUGUCUAAUAGAGGAGAUGAUCUAACUAUCGUCACCUUAAGUUUAAUGCAACACGUUUUUGGAAAAAUAUCUUCCGUAAAUAUAAGUCUGCUAGAUACAGAAGAUUGAUUGGAUCUCGCCAUCACGUUGCAUGGUGAGAUCCAAUCUUUUGUAGUCUAUUCGUUUAUACUCUAUUAAACCCCAUGUGCCAUCGUUCAUUCUCUGACAACGGUCACUCUUCUACUUCAACUGUUGCCUCUUGUUUUUCAGAUCGUUCAUUCUCUGACAACGGUCACUCUUCUACUUCAACUGUUGCCUCUUGUUUUUCAGAUCGUUCAAGUGCAGCAGACGAGGAGGACGCGGAUACGAUUCAAAGAGAGCGCUGCUACAAGAUAGAAGAGUACAAGAGACGCUCUAGCGGUUACAAGAACGAUGGCACCAGGGAAAUGAUAGAACGACCAGGGAACAAUGGUUCCGGUAUUAACAACAAGUCCUAUUACGGCACCUUCUGGUCAACGUAUGAAUAUGUACGUAUCACUAUCACUUCUGACGAGAUCAAGGAGAUUUUUAUUUUUACCUUGAGUUGAGGCGAAGGAAAUUUUUAUUUUUACCUUGUUCUUGCUAGAACAGGCGAACUAGAGCUGGUGCGAGCACCUACCUCCCCCAGUCUCCUUUCGCCAUUCGGAGCUGGGAGGUGGGACGCCAGGGGCAGAAGCAUCCUGUGUAUAGCUAAAUUAACAGCUAAUUUACUUUCUCUUCUUUUAACCUCGCCUCUUCUUCUUCGCUGAACGAGUGUUGAGCGUGAGAGAGCACAAUACAGCUGUAGCCCGCGACCUCUUGGUGCUGUACUUGCUCAAAGAUCAGGGACAACGACGGACAACAUCUCUCAUUUAUAUUUUACCUUGUUCGUCUUCGUUGGUUUACUUUCUUCAUCCAGAACUUGGAAAAGAAGUUCUCAUCUCUAAUCUUACUUACCUUCUCCGCGGGAAAGGGAUGGCGGAGGUUCCCGGUGCACACCACAUCAUGGAACUUCAAGAACGCCGCGUCAUCAGGAUCAAGGUAGAGGUGUCUCUACUAAGGCCGUAGAUAAUUCAUCUUUUUGGGUAUCCUUGAUGUAUCUUUUUGGUUAUCCUAGAUAAUUCAUCUUUUUGGGUAAAGUACGUGCUAACAGACACUAUUCUCGUGCUUUACUUCUAUACUCUUCAAGGAUGCAGUAGAAAGAUGAAUUACGGAGAGCGCUAACUCUACUAGUACGAAAGACUAUCAAAGAGACUAUCAGCCACCAAGAAGUUCUAAUGCCAAAGAUUACAACAAUUCAAGAGACUACAAUCAAUCUACAGGGACACGUGCUGGUAACACAACUACAAGGUGGGAAUGGGAUGAUACAACUAGUAGCGGGAAUUGUACUAGUUCUAAGGGUAAUAUUCAGGACAAGACAUCACCAAGUGCGAAGACUUCUGCUAGGGAGAACAUCAAUUACGACUACGCAGCUAGAGGUGAUACAACGAAUAGAAGUUGUAAGGACCCAAUCAAGACGACAGGUGGUAGCAGGGAGACAAGGAGUGGAGGAGGUAGUGCUACAACGUCAGCAGGGACAUCGUCGUCAGGUAGUGCGGACCAGGGAACUUCAACAUCUCGGAACAUCAAUCGAAGUGACGAGCCGCCUAGAAAGUGGAACAGUCGUGUUGUCACGAUACCUUUGGUAACGUCUAGCACUUCCUCGUCGACUGGUGCCACUUGUUCUAGUGCAAAAGCUGGAGGUAAUUAUGCGACUUCUAGUGCAAAAGUUGUGAAUGAAAGGAGAAUUGGCGACCAGCAAACUAGAAGUGGUCCUACUAGUACCUCUACUAGUUGUACCAAUAAAGUAGUAACAAGAGAGCUGCCUGCUGGUCAUCCUAAAGCAGGCAGUGGCGUCGUUGCUACGACGAGUUACAAAAGACGUUCCGUGUCGCCAGAUAGUGAUGAUAAAAACGCAAAGAACUACAAGAACGAAGGCAAAGGUACCCUCCAGAAUAUUCGUUCUGGUACCCUCCAGGUAGGCGCAACAUCUUCAUCCAUGCUAGUAGUCGAAGGGCAAGACCAAGAGUCCACACCAGUUACAUCGUCGAGGCCGACAAAGAUAGCGAAGCAUUCGGCGACUCAGUCUAGUAUUCGAAGAGUCGAACGCGCACGCGCUGUUAGUACUGAGUUUCCUUUCAUAUCAGAACAAGACCGAACAAAAGAGCAAAAAGACUACAGGAUGAAUUACCUCGACAACUCUAAAAAUACAAAUGUUAAGGCCUCACUUAAUAUCCAUCUUUUAGCUUACCUGCAAACUGUUUCCAAGCAGAAAAAUGGACACAGAUGAGGGAAAAAAUGGAUUGUAGUGAGUUUUAAAAAUAGUAGCACAAGAACGAAGAACGAACAUGUUACCUCCAGAACGGAGGCUCUUUCAAACGUGAUGAAGUCCGCCCAUGCUUUGACGUCUCCCAACGUGAAAAUCCUAGAUAGAAAUGUGCAAAACCGAACCGAGCACAGCAGAUCGGCUUGUUCGGUUCUGAGCACUUCAGCGGAACCUGGGAUGUUAUGGAGCUUGUAACUUUUGAUUUUUGGUAGUAACUCGGUAGAACUAGGUAGUUAAAUAUCUAUAUCAAUCAACCAUGUAACACAAAUAUCAAAUCAAUUCACAUCUUCAUGCUGCCGAAUAUUAGAUUCGAAUCAUCAAGCAUCGAUCAACUAUACUAGACUCUAAACAACGACCAUGUGAGUGUGCGUGCUUUUGGUGGCAACAAACAGAACAACAACAAUACUUCUGUAGAAGAACAAGCUGCCGCUGGAGACCACGGUGGUCAGAAGGAGCCGAAGAAAGAACUGGACGUUCUCUUCAUUAUUCUCAUGACACGUUCGUUGAUGCUACUUACUGUUGAUACCGUUAUUUCGAUCUUCAUUUUAGACUCUAGUAAGUUCUUCUAAGGAAAGUCAAACUCCUUACGGGAUUACCACGCUCCUUGUGGUCUGCUGCGUUAUCUUGGAAGUUCUUGUACCCGCGUGGUAAACAACGCGGUCCAGCUGCUUGAUAAAGAUUUUACUAUCUUGAUAAAGAUUUUAGAUUCAGCUUCAUUUUUUUCCUUCUAUCUAUCAAAAAUUUCUUAGGCCUCGGAUGUCGACGAACUGCUACGAAAGAACAUUAUGGCCCCUGUAGAGUACGCACGUGCUGUUGGGAAGCUAAGCGACGUGGCGGUUUCGCGGAUUAAUGAAAUUCUGCUGUCGGAAUUUGCGAUACCGAAGUCGUGAGGGAGAUAGAAGUAAUGAAAACGGUCGAGGAAGAUCGGGUUUUUCCUAUAUCGGAAAGCUUGUGCAAGAACUACCGAAACGGCGCGUUGGGUUUUUCUUGUUAGAACACGACCGAAGCGGUCGACCUCGAGGACAUUGUCAUGUCUAGAUUUCCAUUUUUUUCUUGCCCCUACGACAUGGGAGUCCUGGUCGAGGCCGAGCAGUAAGGACAUGGUCGAGGCCGAGCACUUAGAACGUUUGCUCGAAGAUUCCCUGUGCGUGCCAAGAGCAUGACCAUAACUAGUGACGCCUGUCAGAGUACAAGUACGCUUGUUAUAUCGCAGGUAUUAUACCUACAAAUACAAUUUGAAUCUUCAUAUCGCAGGUGGAAUACGAAUAAGUAGUUCGACGUAGAUGCUGUGCUCGUGCCCCGACUGUCAGCGUGUAUGUGUAAAAAGGUUUCAAGAAGCGUGUUUCAUGGAAGUUGAGUUUUGCGUAAGUCUAUUUUUUUCUGUCGUAAUUUUUCAAGGGAACAACAGGUAUGCAGGUGGUGGCUGGAGGGUCCGCGAAGAGGACGCUGGGCCAGCCACAGCCUAAAGCUCUUUGAUUUCGUGAUUUGGGGGGUUGCCGCACCAGAGAAUUAUGGCGAGUCAUUCACAUCUUCCAACUGAUUAGUGACCCAAAUAAUCCCAACUUUUUAUCAACGCAACUCGAAUAAAUCGACUGUUACAUGAAAUAUAGCGCACGACCCGAAGAAUGCCACGGCCAGGAAGUUGGUAGCUUUAUUGAUCAUGCGGAGUUUUCCAAAACAC